UCUGUUUGUGUUUGUCAGUUGUUGCGUGGUGAGUGUUUGUCCUCCAGGCUGCGAUGGCGGCGGCGGUGGGACCUCCGGGGCCCAGGGCCACAGACUGCGUGACCAAGGUGGCACUGACCAUCUCGUGUGACAAUCUGCUCGACAUGGACGCGUUCUCAAAGUCCGACCCUAUGUGUGUGCUUCUCAUGAACACCUCAGGGCCCCACUGGUGUGAGAUUGGUCGAACAGAGAAAAUCCAGAACUGCCUUAAUCCCAAGUUUUCCAAGACUCUGCUCCUUGACUACUACUUUGAGAUGGUGCAGAAGCUGAGGUUUGAAGUUUACGAUAUCGACAGUGAAAACUGCAGUCUGCAAGACGCCGACUUCCUGGGAGAACUGGAGUGUACCUUGGGACAGAUUGUGUCCUCAAGGAAAAUAACAAGACCACUUGUUAAGAAGGACAAGAGGCCAGCAGGGAAGGGCUCCAUUACUAUCUGUGCAGAAGAAAGAACAGACAACAGGGUGGUGGUGUUUGAAGCUGCAGCCAGAAAACUAGACAAGAAGGAUUUCUUUGGGAAGUCCGACCCUUUCCUGGAGUUCUACAGACAGACAGAAACUGGAUGGCAGCUGGCUCACAGGACGGAGGUGAUAAAAAGCAACCUAAACCCAGUAUGGAAACCCUUCCGGAUCCCGCUGCAGUCGCUCUGUGGGGGGGACGUGGAGAAAUCUAUAAAGGUGGACUGCUACGACUACAACAACAGCGGAUCUCACGACUUUAUCGGAUCCUUUCAAUCCACACUUAGCCAAAUCCAGCAGGGAUCACAAACAUAUGCGGCUGAGUUUGACUGCAUCAAUAGCAAGAAGAAACAGAAGAAGAAAGGAUACAAGAACUCCGGUGUCAUCAUCAUCAAGCAAUGCAAGAUUGUGAAGGAGUAUACGUUUCUGGAUUACAUCAUGGGUGGCUGUCAGAUCAACUUCACUAUUGCUAUUGAUUUCACAGGUUCCAACGGAAAUCCCACUUUACCUCAGUCCCUCCACUACAUCAACCCCCAAGGCUAUAAUGAAUACCUGGCAGCUAUCUGGGCAGUCGGUAACGUCAUCCAGGACUAUGACAGUGACAAGAUGUUUCCAGCUCUUGGUUUUGGAGCCCAGAUUCCUCCAACGUGGCAGGUUUCCCACGAGUUUCCCAUCAACUUCAACCCAGCGAAUCCAUUUUGUGAAGGAAUAGAGGGUGUGGUCACCGCCUACCAGCAGUGUCUGCCUCGGGUGAAGCUUUACGGCCCCACAAACUUUUCCCCCAUCAUCAACCACGUGGCCCAGUUCGGCAGACAGGCCCUGCAGCAGCAAACGGCCUCACAAUACUUUGUCCUUCUGAUCAUCACUGACGGGGUGAUCACAGACAUGGAUGAGACACGCAGCGCCAUCGUCAGAGCCUCUCAGCUGCCCAUGUCUAUCAUCAUUGUCGGGGUAGGAGGGGCGGACUUCAGCGCCAUGGAGUUCCUGGAUGGAGACGAUGGAAUUCUGCGCUCGGCUACAGGCGAGCCGGCCAUGCGGGACAUUGUCCAGUUUGUGCCAUUCAGGCAGUUCCAAAAUGGUCCUCAAGAGAUGCUGGCUCAGAGUGUCUUGGCAGAAGUCCCCGGUCAGGUGACGAGCUUCUUCAACAGCAUGGGUUUGAAGCCACCUCACGGCGACGCACCUCCCUCUGAUCCCUCAGCAUCGGCGCCCCCUCUGUGAUGUAUUCUACCUUGUGAGACUCAGCCUUCCUCCUCAACGUCCCCAAAUAUCUAGCCGUUUCUUACCCGCAUUGUUGGAGGCGAGUCCGCUUUAACUCUGGAACUGUGUAUUCAGCGUCCUUUCCUUUCUAAUCUAACCUUCUGGCCAUAUUAGCCUGUGGCAUGCAGUGUGGUAGACACGUGAUGCUUUGUUGACACUAUAUAGAAGUUAUAGUGUAAAGCCAUAGAACAGUGAUAUCACCACUGACGUUUCCUAACAUUUGUUAACCUAUGCUUAACACAGAUGUUCACUGUGAUACUUACUUCUUACUUUAUGCGACUCAAGUGCCAGAAUUGUGUAAAAUUUAAAUGAUUUCUUCUGUUAUGACCUUUUGAAAGCUUUAAAGCUGGGAUGUGUCAAAGGAUGUCGAUAUUUGAACAAAGCAGCCUAAACAACAAGCCCCUCUUUAGUGCUUCAUCAGGAGCCUUGCCCCUCAAAUUCAUUCAUUUAACACAAACAACUGGGCUAGUAGACAAAGGGAGAGAUGUUCUUUUGAUCAUAGGUGAAGCAAAACAAACUGGCUUAGUUCAGUUAUUUGGCCUUGAGAACCACAGAGCCAGCUGCAGACCUCAUCCUUUCCCAGGCAGAGCUGGAGCAAACACCUGUGCUGACCUGCUGCUAUAGUUAAGAUAAGAGAAACUUUAUCGAUCCCUUUCCGGGGAAAUCCACAAGUCGCUGCACUAAUGAGCUCGGCAGAGGAUGUGGUCUCGGUCUGUGUCUACGAACAAAGAAACAGAGCCAGUUGAUAACGAAACUGACUUCCCACUCGACAUUUCCCGCUGGAAACCUGCUCAACAAGCUGCUGCUGCAUAAAAACCAUCCCCUGCAACAAUACGAGGGAGUCGUGUUUUAAAAAUGUCUUGUGCAUCCAAUACUAAUAAUAAUCUGUGUGCGAGCAUGAACGCCCCCAUCGGUGCUUGGCUGGAGUAGCGCUGUGUGGAUCAAUCUUCCACUUAGAUUACCAGCUGUGUAUAAAUGCCAAAGUUUAUUUUGGCACACACAGGACGGACAGUUAGCAGAGCAUGAUGAGACAGAAAUUUGACGGAAAGCAUUUUGGAUUGCUCCACCUUUUAAUGGAAACUUGACUCAAGGUCUUUGUUUUUUUGUGGAAGAACGGAGGCAGCUAAUAACAGUCACCUCAUUAGUCUGUCAAUGUGUCAGUCAAGCGUCUACAUGAAAGGGCUCGAGUACCUAAAUAGGUAUUCCCAUAGUACUGCAGCCAUCACUUUGUUUGUUGUCAACGUUUCAUAUUACAUUUGAAAUCAUGGAUAUUGACCAAAGCUAUAGCUUUCACAAUACAAUUCAGGUAUGCUUCGGUAAUGUUUACGGAAUGAAUCCUGGAACCUUUUGUAAACUUUCCACUGCAAGAACUGUUGUUUUGUAGUUGUUUUGUACUUUAGUUUCAUUUAUUUUUUUAUAAAUUCCAUAUUUGCAAUUGAUUUGACGUAGGAUCUGGUGCUUUUACGUACGUGUUGAACAGGAAGAAUCCUUUAGUCACACAGUUUACAGAGCAUCCUGAGACGUUUCACUCUGUCUUAAGAGAUAAAAGUAGUAAAAACAUGUCACCUUGCUGAGUGUUAUGAAAAUGGUCCGACGUAUUUCAUGUAUGUGUAAAUUCAUUGUUAAGUUGUUGUUUGCACUGAUCACUGUGCCAUUGCCUUAUGUACCAUACAUGUCUUCGUCAUAGAUGUUGAUUUUAUCAGUAUUUUACGUUUAUAUGAUAUGCAAAGCAACACACAUUUAUCUAACCGGCAUGAUAGCCAGCGUAUAUUUCACAUUUUUUAUGUCAAAUUAUCAGAUAAUUAGAUGUAUUUUUAUGUUUGUUAUUUCAUGUCAUGAUAUUCAAGAAAAACUAAAGUGACUGACAUUAGCAGAGAUUCAGAUCAACAGUCAGUUUUCUGCAUUGUUGAAAUGUGUUUGUGUUUGUAAUUAGAUGGAUAUUUUCCUCACACACGUCUUAGGAUGUGCAUUUAAAAAAAUGUAACACACUCCACUACACUGUCACUUUUGAUAUACGUACGCAGUAUAAAGAAAUCAAUGAAAGAUUUGGAA